AGUGAGCCCACAAGCUACAGGACUCAAACUACGAGGUCAUGGGAAUUCACUGACUUACUUGCAGGAGGGAAUUCCGGGUUUAUCACUGGAGACGACGCAUCACUGUCCAAUUAUGGAAAAGAUGUUAUAGUUGGAGUGCUGGAUACUGGUGUAUGGCCCGAGUCACAAAGUUUUAGUGAUCAAGGAAUGGAUCCCGUUCCACAAUCAUGGAAAGGAAUCUGUCAGCCAGGGGUCGGUUUCAAUGCAUCCCACUGUAAUAGAAAGCUGAUUGGAGCCCGAUACUACCUCAAAGGUUACGAGGCACAUUACGGGCCCUUAAAUGAAACCACUGAUUUCCGGUCAGCACGAGACAGGGACGGCCAUGGAACCCACACGGCCUCGACUGUGGCAGGCCGAGAGGUCCCUCACACCACACUUCUGGGAGGGUUCGCCAAUGGCACAGCAGCCGGUGGAGCCCCCAUGGCGAGGCUUGCAAUUUACAAAGUGUGCUGGGCAAUCCCGGGCCAGUCCACAAUUUUUGAGAGCACGUGCCCUGGCGAAGACAUGCUUGCAGCCUUUGACGAUGCUAUUGCCGAUGGGGUUCACGUGAUUAGCAUCUCUAUUGUGCCAUAUCAACUCUCGUCGUACAGAGAAGAUGUAAUCGCGCUUGGCGCCUUUCACGCUGCAAAACAAGACAUUGUGGUAGUGGCGAGCUGUGGGAAUUCAGGGCCCGCCCCAUCUACAGUGAGAAAUGUGGCUCCCUGGAUCAUUUCUGUUGCUGCAAGUAGCAUUGAUCGAGUCUUUAGUUCACCUGUCUUGCUUGGAAAUGGAAUGAAAAUUGAGGGCCAAAGUGUAACCCCUCACAAGUUAAGCAUGAUGCAUCCUCUGAUUUAUGCUGGAGAUGCCGAAAUCCCUGGCACAACCUAUAGCGAAACAUCCGGGCUCUGUCUUUCGGGUACUCUUUCUAAGGAGCUCAUACAAGGAAAGAUAGUUUUGUGCUUAAGAGGAUAUUCUACAAACGUGGAGAAGGGUUUGGAGGUGAGAAGAGCUGGGGGUCUUGGCUUUAUUUUACAAAACCCUGUCGAUGGAAUCUCCAUAUCAGUUGAUGCCCAUGUGCUCCCUGGAACUGCUGUGCUUUCCAAUGAUUCAGCCACUAUUCUAAAUUACAUCAAAUCUAACAAGAACCCGACAGCAAGAAUCGUUUCUGCCAGAACUGCUUUAGGCAGCAAACCAUCACCUUUCGUGGCCGGUUUUUCCUCCACAGGUCCAAAUGCUCUCGAUCCCAGCAUUCUCAAGCCUGAUAUAACUGCGCCUGGACUGAACAUCUUGGCAGCAUGGAGCGAGGCAACCUCUCCAACAAAAUUGUUCGACGACAACCGGGUAGUUAAAUACAACAUUCUAUCCGGCACUUCCAUGUCCUGCCCCCAUGUGGCGGCCGACUACCUCCUCUACCUCUGUAACUACAACUCUAGCAAUCCAAGCAUUGAUCCAUCUUUUACUUGCCCUGAUGAAAUUCCCUCGCCGACCGAUCUUAACUAUCCAUCGAUCGCGGUCUCCAAUAUCAGUAGCAGCGGCAUCAGCAUCAAGAGAACAGUAACUAAUGUCGGUGGUGGAGCGAGUGUGUAUAAAGUGAGAGUGGAAGCGCCGGCAGGGUACACGGUGGAGAUUUCGCCGGAUACUAUGAACUUCAGCAGCUUUGGACAAAAGGAGAGCUUCAACAUUUUUAUUAGACCGGGGAGUGCAGGGCUUAGAACUGAUUAUGCAUUUGGUUGGUACACAUGGAGUGACGGGAUUCAUCGUGUAAGAAGUCCAAUUGUUGUUUCAUCACAUUAG